AUGCAGCAGGAAUCAUGUGACAAAGUGGUGCUGCGGUCCGACCCGAAGCCGAUAACAUCGGAAGAGGAGUCGGAGUCCGCGGCCGAGGCGGCCGAGCACGAGGGGGAGGAGGAGGAGCACGACCCGUCAGUGCCUGCGGGGCCCUGCGCCGACAGGUGCACGUGCGGUGUCUACCGGGAACCGUUCGGCACCUUCGAGGACCUCGAGACCGGACAGGUAGUGGAGGCGACGGUGUUCACGCUGACGUGUCGGCGGAAGUUCGCGGUGAGGAUCACGGACUACGGGGCCACCGUAGUCGCCAUACGGGCACCGGAUUACGGAGGAGUCGUCAAGGACCUGGUCUUCGGUUUCGACGAUGUUCAAGACUACGUGCAGCACCGUGACCAUCUGUUCGGGGGAAUGGUGGGCCGCGUGGCGGGCCGCGUCCCGUACGCGCGCUUUUCCCUGGCCAACGCAAUCUUCAACCUCACUGAGAACGUCGAGACAGACGGGCCCGUCCGCCACCACCAAGACGGCGGCUUCCACGGCUUGCAGCACCUGCGGUGGAACUCACAUGUGCCGUGUGAGGGCAGCUCGUUGGUGCUGAGCGUGGUGCACCACGACGAGCAGGAGGGCUUCCCAGGAGCAGUGUUGGUGCAGCUGCUCUUCCAGGUCACCAAGGACCACCGGCUGGUCAUACACGCGCGGGCUGACUCCACCAAGCCCUCGCUCAUCAAUCUGCGACAGGGCAUCAUGUUCAACUUGGCUGGACACGAUGCUGGUCAACCCGACUUCAUGGAUCACAUACUCACCCUCAACGCCGAUGAAUACGUAGUGCAGACAAGACGUGGCACUCCAACAGGAGAGAUCCGACUGGUGAGCAAGACGGCGCUGGACUUCCGGGCACCAAAGCGCAUGCGCAAGCAACACGGCCGGACGACCGCAGGCUACGAUCACUUGCUUUGCCUCAACCACCUGCCGCCCGACGGACUCAACAUGGUCGCCAGGUUAGAGCACCCAGAGACGGGGCGUGCGCUGGAGGUGCGCACCAACCAGCCGUGCAUGCACGUGUACACGGGGCGGCGCCUGCCGCCGUGGCGGCCGCCCAAACCCAGGCCUCCCACGCCGCCCACUGAGGACGUCGAGGAGGAGGAGACCACAGAGACGGACCCCGCCAGCGCCGCCAAGACCAAGUCACAGGAUCGCUUCCCAAAGUGCGUGGUGACGCCGGUGAAGACGUAUGAGCACGUGACGGUGUACCGCUUCUACGCGAAGCCCAAACCACAGCGCUAUAGCCUGGCUGAGGACGUGGUGAGGACGUCCGUCGAGACCGCCAUCCAGGAAGUGGAGACUCGCGAGGCAGAGCCGCCGCCGGAACAAUAA